UGUGUACUUCUGCCUGUCAGGCUGGCUGCUGUGUUAGAGCUGCGGUGCGUGAUGAGGUCAGUCUAUUACUGUACUUCCAAAAGCACACUGCCCAGAGGUUCCCUGUUGAGACAAAAAUGAACCUGCCGUCCAGAGAGGAGUGUGAGGGGUGGGAGCCGGCGCAAAUAGCCUUCUUUAUGUGCAAGAACAAAAUGCCAGAAUGUGCUGCCAUCGUAAACAGACAGAGAAUUAAUGGACAAAGACUUCUGAACCUGUCUGACAGUGACAUGAGCAAGUUUAGUCUCAUCCACCAACCGCAGCUUCAGAAGAUUGUUCAAGACAUCAAGAAAAAUGACGGCAGCUUUUUUAAUAAACUAAGAAGACUGAAAAGCAAACCACUUCCAAAACUACCUGCGAGGGAUUACAGAGGUAAGAACGAUGACAGGGAAGAUGAUGAACUGUCUGACCCUGAUUAUGACAAUGACAUGUAUGAGGAUCCACGUGAGGAGCAGGACGACAGCUACGAGCCUCCACCCAGCCAAAGAGCCUUCACCACAACUCCCUCCGCUUCCUUCCCGAGGGGGGAGUAUCUUGACAACUGCCGUAACCGGCACGACCGGCCGCCCAGGAAGCCCCUCCACCCAGGCAAAGCCUCCAGACAACUGCCCCCCGAACCCACCCCCCUGGGGAGCGAUGAAGAAGACUACAUCAAUCCAGACUGCAGUAACGAGGAUGACAACUACAUCGAACCUGAAGGGAAUCCUCAUUCCAAUCCUGUGAUGCAUGCUGGGAGCCAAGCUGGGAGGAACAGCCCCAUGUUGCUUACACCAGAGCGUCCACCCAGUCCUGACUGUUAUGAAGUUCCUGACAAAGAGGGAAACUCAUUAUCUCUUCCAGCAAGCAGACUGCGUCCAAUCCCCACAACACAGUCACAUUCUUUACCACUGAAGCCCAGCCCCAGAGUGAAUAUGAGGAGAUCUCCUGCUGCUGUCCAGGAGCCCACAGGCGACGAUGAAUAUGAAGUUUGUGAUCCAGGUGAUAGUUCCAGUGAUAAACCUGCAGAGGGUUCUUCUCUACUCCGACCGAAACCUUUGCCCAGAGAGAGGUCUCCAAUACCACCUUUAAAGCCGAAGCCACAUUUGAAACCUAGGGAGUUUGAAAGCCGGACGCUGCCUGCGAUGCAAAUUGACCAGAAGCCUCCACCAAAAGCUUUCACUCUGGACUUAAAACGACCAAAAAUUCCUUUUCCGAAGUUGACCUCCCCCAAGCCAGCUGACAGAGGAAGUGUCUCUGCUGAAAACGGAUCAACAGACCAAGAUAAGGAUGCAGACGUGUAUGAGAAAUCCUGGUAUGCCUGCUCAUGUGACCGCAAGACCGCUGACGAUGUCUUGUGUCGCUCGAGCAAAGACGGGGCGUUUAUGGUGAGGAGGAGCUCCGGUCAGGACGCACAGCAGCCCUAUACAUUAGUGGUGUUUUACAAGAGCCGAGUGUACAACAUCCCAAUCCGCUUCAUACCUAACACUCAGCAGUACGCUCUGGGAAGGCAGAAGACAGGGGAGGAGUAUUUCAGCAGCGUCUCCCACAUCAUCGAGAACCACCAGAGGAAUGCUCUGAUGCUGAUUGACAGCCAGAGUUACAGCAAGGACGCCACCAAACUGUGCUUCCCUGUGACGCCCUAGAUGACCCUCGUCAAGGGAACAGAGUGCAUUCCAAACCUGCGGUUUACUGUCAGCCUACUGUUUACAGAAGUCAUUGUGUGACGCUUCUCUCCUCCCAGUGUUAAAAGAAUAUUUAACACACAAAAUGACCUUCUGUAUAUCAAUUACUCAGCCCGUGUUAAUUGAAUUCUUGCAAGAAAACCUUUCUCGCAUGUGAAGGAAGAAUCCACAAACGAGAAACGUUUUGAUGAAUUGAAGUACAUGGAGGCAGCAAAACUGUAUCAGAACAUCUGUUUACAAACUCUCACACAACUCGUGCAGCAUAAGUCUCAUUUAUCCAGUCGUGUGCUCACUACUUCAGAAACACAUGCAUUUUUAAUAAAUCUUUACUAUUCACUUUUUAUUUAUAACACCGCAUGUGAAUGAGUUUUAAAUCGAGUUUGUAAACGGAUGUUAGUGUUGCUGUUGUAAAUGUCCUCCAGUUACUUCAAUACAUCAGGACUUUCUGUGCAAAAAACUGUUUUCUUCAUGAACGCAAGGUAACACAGGGAGUAAUUGAUCUACAGUACAAAUGGUCCUUUGGGGAGUGAAGUAUUCCUUUGAUAUGGAGUCUUUUCAACAGGAUUGCGCGCUGGAUUUGUCUACAUUGCUGACUCAAUGACUUAAACUGAUGUUUUAUGAAGAUGUUUUUUUAAAUGCUCGGUCAGUAAACAUUGUAUUAAAAAUGAAUGCAAGGAAUGAGACAUUGUUGCAGUAGCUGAAGGGAGCAGGUACACAGAUCAUUUGUUUAUGACUGCAAUGCUUUGGGGAGCCAAAAAUACAAGGUUGUAUAUUUUCCUUUUUUUUAAUAAAACUCUUUUGUGUUGUAUAAUAA